ACAUUAAGAAGGUUUGAUGUCCUUGGUAGUGUGUUGUUAAUGUUGUAGGCCUAUGUAUUUAUGUUCUGUGACAUAUGUUUCUUCAGCGCCAAAACGAACGGUGGUUACGUGGGAUAUGAAUUUUAUUUGUCAUUAGAAUUUGUGAGGUGUGAUGGUUAUAGGUAUGGAUAGUGAUAUUGAUAAUGAUUUGGUAACCUUAUUAUUACAAAGUAAAAGCAAGAUAUGGGAAGAUAAAAAGCGCCUAGGACUACUUAGAGAGAAACAUAAUUCUGAGGAACUGUUAGGAACUUCACAGCAGAGUCCAGUACAUGUGAAAUAUGGCAGUAAAGAGCAAUGCAAUUUGUGUGACCAUGUAGAGCAAAGGGAGGAGGAACUGCAAAUUUCAUGCAUUCCAGGUUUUGGGCAGCAGAAGGAACAUAAAAAGCAUUCUCAAAGUGCUGCUACUCUGCCAAAUGACUUGCAAAAUUUUCAGAAGGAUGAGUUUAUUUCCAAACUCACUAUUAAGAAAGGACGCACUGGUCUAGGAGAGAAACAGAGCUCAGAGGAGACAGCAGCAAUGGUUCGUUUUGGGGAAUACUCUCCUCAAAACCCUGGCCUUCUAUCACCUGGCAAAACUUUGUUGGGAUUGGGAGAAUAUGAAGAAAAACGUCGGAAAAUAUUGGAACGCAAGAAGCGCGAAUAUCUAGAGCAGAUGGCUCAAGCCCGUCACUCAGUAAAAGAUGCGGUGUCUGGGAGAUUUUCAGACCUAAGCCAGCAGCAAGCAGCGUCAAAGUCCAGAUUCAGAUCAUACAUGAACAUGAGAAGUGCAGCAGGCACACAGACAGAUUUACAGAUCACAAGUUACAUUCAGGACAAUGAAUACUCUUCCCUGGCAGUACGUCAUGGUAGUGUCUCUCCUGUGGUUGCAGCCACUCAGACACCUGAUGGGGAAAUUUCUGUGCUUCCUUCUCUGUCAGCACACCCUCAGAUUAUUUCCAUUGCUACACAAACACCUGGUGGUAAUGUGAAGUCUCCCAAGUUAGAAAUUGUUCCUACCUCAGAUACCUCUGCAGUCAAAGGAGUGAUUGCACUUCCUCAGCAUGCAUCGUACCUGCCUCUUAAUCCAAGGGAAAGGAAGAUGGUGGAAUUCAGACAGAGUUACAGCCCAAGUUUUGUGCAGGGAUGUUCACCAUGUCCUGCAGGCUUUGAUAUGACUCUGAAUCAGUCACCAGACCUUCGCCAACGGAGAGAGGCUUAUCAAGAGGAACUUCGCAGGCAGAUUGAAGAAAAACGAUACAUUGAAGCAGAAGAACAGAAGAGAGCACAAGAGGCAGAAGAAGCAAUCGCUCGCAGAGCAGAGUUACAGCGAGAAAGAAUGCGACAAGAAUAUAUAGAAGAGGAGGCACACAGAAGAGAGAAACACCUUCAGAGGUUACGCCAAGCAGAGGAGUUUCAUUGUAGACAAGAAGCAUUAAAUCUUGAGGCAGAACUUGAGCAUGAGGUGGAAGCAAGACAGAAAUUGGAAAAGAGGUUUGAGAAUCUUGAAGCUGGAUUAGGACGAGCAUCAUAUUCUACCCAGAGUCUCGGUGUUUCACUGCCGGUGCCGGCACUGAGGAAGAAAUAUGCAUCUGAAAUAGCACCAUCAGGUCACAGAAAUUUAUCUGUCAACCAAGAUGUACCUGAAGAUGAUGUCAAGGGAUCUAGCACUAGAAAUUCUGAUACUGCAAGUAGACUUCAGUGUAACGAUACAAAUAACAUAGCAGAACAAGCUCAGAGACAGUAUUUGUUGCAUGACAGAAAUGCUGACUGUACGCAGUUGAGUGAAAGAAAUACCCCACAGAUUAAUAAUAUGGAAUAUCCACUUCAUAGUAGUGACACAGAAUAUCCAUUGAAUAAUUACUCAGCCGGAAAAAAGACAAAUGAAGGAAUUAUUGUUUCUUAUCACCGACCACCAACUGAAAUUAUUAAAGCUGCAGGUUAUGGCAACAGUGUUCAAAACUAUUGUAAUGGUGAUGACGAUACAGAUGCUUUAGAGUUAUCAGAGUCUAGAACAAAAUGUUUUGAGUUGCCUACAGAAGGUAUUCAACAUGUUUCAUCCUUACAGCCACAGUGUGCUAAUAACUGUAAAAACAAACUAGAUGAUUCGUUACCAAUUCCUAUUCUUCGUGCACCGUCUCCUGUUAUCCCAGCUGUGAGGACAGGGCAUGCUACUUAUGGCAGUGAUGCUAUGCGCAAGGUAGAAACCAAAUGGCAGGUUCCCGCUGUGGAGAGGAAUGUUGUGCGUGCUAAAUCAGAUUCAAACAACAUCCUGACACAACUUGGGGCAGUGCGUCACCAGCUUCAGCUUGAACAAAUACGGAUGGAACAGCACCUACAGCAACAACUGAAAAACAAGUCAUGAUAUAAAGUGCAUGUAGUGAUUAUGAAUUCAAAUGUGGUAUUUUUAACAUGUAAUUUAUCUCUUACCAUCGUGUAGGAUUGGGGUGAGUUUAAGAUAGAAAUAAUGUUUAUUAAUGUGAAACAUGUUUUGGGUGCUUUUAGGUUUUGGUUUAUACAUAUUUUUAAAAGAUUACACACAACAGAAACUUGUGAUAGGAGGGGAGUGCUCACACUGUCUGCAUUCCUGUUUCAUUUUUCUUAUGUCUUUUCAUCUCCAGAUACUUUCCUUGAAAAAAUGGUGCUGUAGGUUCUGAACAUUGCUGGUUCUGGCAGCCACAUCUACUUCCUAACUUGUUUUCAGUGCCUUAUAAGUUCAGUAACAUGUGACAGUCUCAUCUCUACCAAGCUAGAAAUGUAUGGGUUAUGUGCUGUUUACAUGCAAGCUCAUGGUUAACAUAAAGAAUGGUAUUCCAUAAAUAACACCAUUUUUGAAAAAUAUUGAUGUGCCCUUUUUAUUCCUACACAUUCAUCUAUGAAAUAUUAAAUUAAUAUGGUACAACUGAUAUAUAAAAGACUUGUUCUUCAGUGUAACCCUUCAAAAAUUGGGUGCAUAUUAAGUCUUGGCAAUUACAGUACAUAAUGUUGGAAAAAUGAUUUUGUCUUAUGAUGCAGAUCUCAAGGCAUGUAGUUAAGUCUUCUUUGAUGGUCAUUUGUGCCAGUACAUAAUAAAACUUUUAAAUGUUUAGUGAGACUGGACUGUUUGACCAUGCCCAUUAUUACACCCAGGCCAAGCAAUAUUGAAUUUGGUUGUUUUGGUAUGGCUGACCACUUGCCUCCAUCCACAUCUCUGUGUUUCGCUGGUUCUUGGCUAAUGAGGACUUUUGUUAAGUGUCAUAUAUGCUUCAUGGCAUUUAUUGUAAUUUAUCACAUCAGUUUCUAACAAUAGGGUAACAGCUUCUGUAGUGGAAUAUUAUGCUAUACUAACAUGGCUUAUCACUAAAAAAUUUGUCACUUGCCAUGAAAAUUUAAGAUUUGGUCAUAUGUUUGUGCAACUGUAGUCUGAAUGAGAUGGUAAUAUAUGCCUUCUUCUUGAAGGUAAGUAAAUGGCAUGAUGUUGCUAAUGUUUGGUUUUUCUCACAGUAGGGACAUACAUGAUUUAUAGGUUCCAAAUUUGGAGUUCCAAUCACCUUUUGAAGUGACACAGAAUGGGGCAAUAUACCCUUCCUCAUCUCCUUCAGGAAAUCUUGAAUGUCUUGUUAUCUUUUACAUGUAUAAUGUACGUUUCAAGCUGAAAGAUGCUGAUCAAAAUUCAGCACUUACUGUCCUAUUUAUUGUCCAUAAAAGUAAUAUCAGGACUCAUAUUGAUGUAUGUGUCCAAAAAAAUUACUCAUAUCCAAAACUAAUUUGUGUGGUGUUAGAACCAAGCUUGUGUUGUGCCAGUUUAUUUAUUGAAAUUAUCUAAAAUUGGAAGCCUCUAAUCAAUUCAGUGACAGCAUGAUUUUCCCAUUGCUUUGGUAUUUUUGAUGUUGGUGUAUUUUUUAAGCACAGCCUGGUGGCUUGACAGGCUGUACUAAAAAUAGAUAAUCAUUUGAACUUUUAACCAAAUUAACAAAAUUAUGAAUGUUUUAAUAUAUAGUUAUCAUCGAGGAGGAGAUCCUUAGUACAGUGAUAUAGAGGCGAGGAAUUUUACCUGAUAAUGGCCACAUUGGUUCAAAACAUGUUCAAGUGAUGGGAAAAAACUAGUAAUUCAGCAUAGCACAUUGGAAUGCUACAUUACAGACUUGUAACCUCUAUAUCUUUAGGAAAUAAUCAACCAAGCUGAGAUCAAAUAUUUUUCUUUGGCAAGAGUUUCUUUAUUGACCAACAGUCUUGUUAAAAUAUUUUGUUGUGGUUAGUAGAAAAUCAUUAUGGUGCUUUAAAAUGUAAGUAUUUUUGUAGAGUGAUUUUAUCAAUAAUGUGCAAUAAAUGAACACUGAAGAUUUA